AUGGCAGGCCGCAUCAUUCAACUUCUGUUUGGCCUUACGCUAUUGCUCACAACAUGUCGAGCGGCGGUCAUAGAGAAGUACUUCAACAUGACAUGGGUGAUGGCCAAUCCCGACGGAAUGCAGGAGAGAAAAGUAAUUGGUGUCAACAACACAUGGCCACUACCUGUUCUGGAGGUCAACAAGGGCGACCGACUCAUCGUUCACGUCUACAACGGUCUUGGAGACAAAUCAACGAGUAUCCACUGGCACGGAUUGUUCCAAAACUCUACGAAUGAAAUGGACGGACCUUCCAUGCAAACCCAAUGCCCAAUUGUCCCUGGGGCGUCUUUCACAUACGACUUUACUGUCGACCAAAGUGGCACUUAUUGGUAUCACUGCCAUACCGACCUUUGUUACCCAGAUGGCUACCGACAAAUGCUCCUCGUACAUGAUGAUGAUGCCUGGUUCGCGGAUCAAUACAAGGAAGAGUUUGCGGUUACUGUUAGUGACUGGUACCAUAACAUGGUUGAAGACAUCACUUUCCUCGACCUCUCUAAUACCAAGCUCUCUGUCGAGCCCAACUCUACUUACUUGCUGAGAAUCGUCAAUACCGGUGCAUUCGUCGCCCAGUACUUCUAUAUUGAGAAUCACAACUUCACAAUCGUUGAAGUGGAUGGUGUCUUUACUGAGCCUCAGGAGGCUUCGUUGUUGUACGUUGCAGUGGCGCAGCGCUACUCUAUUCUGUUCACGACAAAACCUUCGACUGCUCGCAACUAUGGUCUUGUCACCAUUGCGGAUCAGGUGCUGCUAGAUGGAGUCCCGGACACAUUGAGUCUCAACCAGACCAAUUGGCUCCAGUACAACCCCUCGGCUGCUUUUGACCCGGUCAAUGUGACUCUCAACAUUGUGGACGAGAAUCCCGCUUUUGAUGACUAUUCCCUUGUUCCAUACGACAAGGAGCCUCUGUUCGAGAACCCUAGCAAGGUCAUCAAUUUGACCGUCUCCAUGGGCAUUCUCGAGAAUGGCAAGCCAUACGCCUUUUUCAAUGACCAAACCUACACUCGUCCCAAGGUCCCCAGUCUCUACACUGCCCUCACAGCUGGUGACGAAGCCACCAACGAGGCUGUGUCGUCCUCACCAACAACGACGGAGGCAGUCNAUCCGUUCCAUUACCACGGACAUAACUUCCAGGUCGUUAGCCGUUACCCGUCCUACGGUGAGGACUUUUACUCACUGAAGGACAAUGUCAACCCCGAAGUCUUCGAUCCCAACAACCACACCGCAUUCCCUGAGUAUCCUAUGCGUCGUGAUGUCGUAGUGCUUCCACCCAUGGGAAACCUUGUCAUUCGUUUUGUUGCGAAUAACCCUGGAGUGUGGGCUUUCCAUUGUGAGUAUUCCGAGGCAGCGUCAAUUUACAAGCGAAUUAUACUAAAUCUUAAUCAGGCCNAUAUUGACUGGCACAUGCAGCAAGGUUUGGCUGCUACAUUCAUCGAAGCACCCAUCGAGAUGCAGAAAAGACUCAGUGUGCCAGACGAUCAUUUCGCUGCUUGCAAAGCCGCCGGCAUGCCUUAUGCAGGAAAUGCAGCUGCCAACACAAAAGAUCUCUUGGACCUGAGCGGCCAGAACAAACCGGCUCGUCCGGUACCUGCAGGUUUCACGGCUAGGGGCAUUGUGGCUCUGGUUUUCAGCUGCAUCGCAGCAUUUGCAGGUNACGGAAUAGCACCACUGAGUGCGAGUGAGCAAGUCUCCAUGGAGCAGAAGGUCGAAGCUUCGGCUGUUCGUACCAGCGACGAGUAA